AUGGAACUCAAAGACUUCCCAAAUGAGACUCUGAAUCUCAUCAUAAGUCAUCUCUUCGAAUUUGCUGAUGAGUACGAUGAGAGUUCCGCUGCUCAAAACCCAGAGCAUCUCGCCAAUGCUCGCCUUGUAUGUCGGCAAUGGAAUGAGCUGGCCUCACGGCAUCUUUUCUCCUCAAUUCACCUACGUCACGGGUCUGAAGGCUUCGAAAAGUGGAAUACAAUGCUUGACAACGAAAUGAUUAGAUCAAGCGUUAGGCUGGUCCAUAUUGACAGCAGUCCCUUUCCGUUCGAAGAUCGUGGGGAUGAGUGCGACUGGGAUCUAUGGGAAGAUGAGGGGGAAUACCCAGAAUUCAUAGAUUCUCUUAAUCGCAUGAGUGAGUUGCGGAAUCUGACAUCGCUCGUCUUGCAUUUUGUCAGAGAAUGUCGCACCGGAGAUUAUGAAUACGAUUCGGAACGGGGCGAACCCCUUUCCACUAGGAGACGUACCCUCCAUGCUGUCUUUGAUGCCUUGGCUCGGCGCACAAACGAGUCUCCUAGUACUACUGCCAUUCGGUCUCUCACUAUCGAGAAUCUUCAAAACUUCGUGUUGGACGAUUUUACUAGUUCUGAUAAAUUUCAGCAGGUAAUGCAGGGCCUGACAGGCCUGCAUGUUUUAGUCGCGGAUGAGGAGAAUACCUUGGACGGCGAGCGUGAGGCUGACUUGUAUCGCCCUGAGCGUCGGAAUUUCGAGCCCCAUCUCCGUCAAGUCUGGCUUAAUCCCAUUGCCGAGCAGCUCACUUCUCUUUCAUUACUCUUCCAUUGUGGCUGGGGCGUCAUGCCUGGCAAAUUUGACAAGAGCGACCUCAGAUUUCCCAAUCUCAGGACCCUGCACCUGGGGGCUUAUAUCAUCGCUCGCCACAGCCAGCUUGAUUGGGUAUUGAGACAAAAGACCUUGCAGACUUUGCGUCUUGAUAGGUGUGCUAUUGCCUCACAUCUGCGGAUUGGUGGUGGCCACAGACAGCUUUGGGAUGUACAGGAUACGGACUGGACAGAGCAUCCGAGAGGGGCGUUUGGUUUCAAUAAAGAAGAUGAUGAGAUCUACACCUUCGAGGGAACAUGGGCGGAUGUAUUCAACGCGAUUCGUGCGUCGCUUCCCAACUUGUUAGACUUUCGAUUUUCCCGGUACCCUCAUACCUUUUUUCUUUGCCGGCCAGAUCUAAUGGAGAAUGAGGAGCCGCAUCUGGCUCGCUAUUUUACCUUUGAUACUGGAUACUGUUCGGGUUGGAUUGACGAGGAGAGCCAUAUGACCUUCGGCAAUAACGACUCUGAGCCAAUUGGUAUAGAUUCGGCCCCAACCUCAUACAACAAAAAGCGAAUACUAGACCGAGGGGCAGAAACAUAUGAGGAAGAUCUGCGGGCACUCGAGGAUCUGGUAGCUUCAGCGAGGAGGAAUCGCUAUUGCUAA